CGGCGUACCCAAAUGCGGUGCGGGCGAGCGAGCGAGCGCACUUCCCGAAUGGAAAUCUGCUAAUGAAGUGCGCUCACGCGCCGGCGCCCGAUGAAUUGUGGCUGUUUGCUUUGGAAUGUUCCAUGCCUGCCAACCCUUCCGGGGCCCAUCGGCGCUAAUGGAUUUUAGUCCGGCGCAUUCCCGCAUCUCCGCACGCCUGGCCCUGGACGCAAGGUCCGGCCGCCCCGGGGGGCGGGGCCGCAGCCUUCAAAAAGCCCGAAGCCCGCGGCGCAGCCCGCAAACCGCAGCGCCGCCGCCAACCGCAGCCGUCAACCGCGACCCCAACCCAAAGAUCUGACCAUGCGCGCAGGCGAGCGUUGCCCGCUGGCGUUUGUCCUGUGCUUGCUGGCGUGCAGCCCGGCUGUCUCCUCGCAGCCCGACGCCCGCCGGGACCUGGACUGGGACCGGGAUCCGCAGCCGGAGCUGGACACGCGCGCCCACCGCGCUCCGCAAGAGGCGGCUCGAGGCGCCGGCGACCCGUCUCAGGAGUGGGGCGAGCGAGCGCUGGAGGAGCUGCUGGCACGGAUGGCGCCGGCCGAGGGCCAGAGCCGAGGCGCCGGCCGUCUCCCCUCGGCCCGGGCGACGGCCGAGCGCUCGGCCGAGCCGCCCAACGAGCUGCCGCCCCGCGAGCGCAAGGCCGGAUGCAAGAACUUCUACUGGAAGGGCUUCACUUCCUGCUAGCCGCCCGGCCGUCUCCCGCCACCUGGCCGUCUCCCGCGAAGACCUUUGUCAAUAAAGAGACCAAUCGCA